AUGGCCAGCCUCACGCUUCCCGAGCCCUUCGCCAGCAUCCCCCGAGAGUCCUUCCUCUUCGGCCCCUCUCCCAUCCAGGAGCUCCCCCGGAUGGCCGCGGCCCUGGGUGGAAAGGUCGGGGUCUACGCCAAGCGCGAGGACUGCAACUCCGGUCUUGCCUACGGUGGAAACAAGGUCCGAAAGCUUGAGUACCUCGCAUCCGAGGCUCUCGCUGAGGGCUGCGAUACCCUCGUUUCCAUCGGUGGUGUCCAGUCCAACCACACCCGUGCUGUCACUGCCGUGGCCACCAAGCUCGGUCUCAAGGCUGCCACCGUCCAGGAGCACUGGGUUGAGUGGGAGGACCCCGGCUACGAGAAGGUCGGAAACAUCCAGCUCUCGCGCCUGAUGGGCGGCGACGUCAGACUCGACCCCUCCACCUUCGGCAUCGAGCACAAGACCACUCUGGCCGACCUCAAGGCUGAGAUCAUCGCGAAGGGUGGCAAGCCCUACUACAUCCCCGCCGGAGCCUCCGACCACCCUCUGGGCGGUCUCGGCUUCGCCCGCUGGGCCUUUGAGGUUGAGGCUCAGGAGAAGGAGCUCGGCGUCUUCUUCGACACCGUUCUCGUGUGCGCCGUCACCGGCUCGACCCUGGCCGGCAUGAUUGCUGGCUUCAAGCUCGCCGAGAAGCUCGGUUCCCCCAAGCGCAAGGUCGUCGGCAUCGACGCCUCUGGCAAGGUCCAGCAGACCUUCGACCAGGUCCUGCGCAUCGCCAAGUUCACCGGCGAGAAGAUUGGCCUGAAGGAGGGCGACAUCACCGAGGCCGACGUCAUCCUCAACGCCGAGUACAAUGCCAAGAUCUACGGCAUCCCCGAUGAGGAGACCAUCGCCGCCAUGAAGUUCGGUGCCGCCACUGAGGCCUUCAUCACCGACCCCGUGUACGAGGGCAAGUCUCUGGCUGGUAUGAUGGGCAUGAUUAAGAAGGGCGAGAUUGCGAGCGGCAACGUUCUGUAUGCCCACUUGGGAGGACAGCUGGCUCUCAACGCCUAUUCUUCGCUGUAA